GUCACGUGUUAGAAGCUCAUCACCCCCCCACUCACUCAGUGAAUCAGUGGAGGGUCCUCUGCUGUGUCCUCAGUCCUCCUGGAUUUAAACUUUAUACAGGAGUGAAGGAUGAGACAGACAAGCUGAGUCUCGCUCUGACAUUUGAGUCCACACAUCUGAAAGCAGCUGUACGAUGUCUCCGCAGAAUGUCCGCAAUUUCUCAGUUGCUGUUAUUUGGACUCCCUGUACAGAGUUCCCACGGAAACAUGUCUGGAAGAAGAGGAAGGUUCUCGCUGCCCAGCAGCUCUGUGACCGGGACAGGAACUCCAGUCUGGACCAAGAGGAUGUGAAGCGACCAGCUGCUGCUGUAGAAAUCCCUGGAGUCAGUGGAAAUAUUAUCGACUUCAAUGAAGAGAUCGAUCGUCAGCGCAGACUGUUGGACAUCGUUUGGAAACCUGAGAUAGAGCUACAGCGGACAGAGUUUCCACAGCAACAUGUCUGUAAGGAGGAGGAGGAGGUUCUCACUGACCAGGAGAGGAACCCCAGUCUGGACCCUCUUGGUCCAGAGCCUCCACACAUUAAAGAGGAGCAGGAGGAGCUCUGCACCAGUCAGGAGGGAGAGCAGCUCGUGCUGAAGCAGGAGAUCCAGACCUUUAUGUUGACGUCUACUUAUGAGGGAAGCGAGCACAGUGAACCAGRAGCAAACAGUGAGCAGCAGCUCCUCUGUCACAGCUCUGCUGGAGCUGAGAGCCAAGAUCAGAGAGGACGUGAGCAUGUGGACCCAGGAGCCACUGGAAAUGAAGAGUCCCAGAGAAACAACUGUCCCCCAACACCGAGUCCCUGCAACACUCACACAGGUAAAAAGACUUUCUCAUGUGACACUUGUGGAAAGGUGUUUGAUGCUAAGUCCAAACUGGACCAACAUCUGAGAAUCCACACAGGAGAGAGGCUGUUUUCUUGUGACACCUGUGGGAAAUUUCUCACCUCUAAGUUGGGCUUUUUGAUCCACAUGAGAAACCACACAGGUGAGAAGCCGUACACCUGCAACACAUGUGGGAAACAAUUUAGCAACAACUCUGCAUUGAGAACUCACAAAAGAACCCACACAGGUGAGAGGCCGUUUUCUUGUGACACCUGCGGGAAAACAUUUGGUCGGAAGGUUCACUUGGAAGAGCACAUUAGUCGUCACACGGGCGAGAGACCGUUUUUCUGCAAACUAUGUGGUAAAAAUUUCAAACAGAGGUCUGCCCUGAGAGUUCACAUGAGACUCCACACGGGUGAGAGACCGUUUUCAUGUGAAAUCUGUCAGAAGACCUUUCUGACCAAUUCAAACUUGCUGGUCCACAUGAGAGCCCACACGGGUGAGAAGCCGUAUUCUUGUGACACCUGUGGGAAAGCUUUUCUCUGCAAGUCCAGAUUGACCCUUCAUCUGAGGGUCCACACGGGCGAGAGGCCGUUUUCAUGUGACUUCUGCGGAAAAACCUUUACUCGGAAGGUUCACUUGGAAGAGCACAUUCGCCGCCACACGGGCGAGAGACCGUUUUUCUGUGAAAUAUGUGGGAAGAAUUUUAAACAGAGGUCUGCCCUGAGAGGUCACAUGAGACUCCACACGGGUGAGAAGCCAUAUAUCUGCAACAUGUGUGGGAUGAGCUUCAUUCAUGCAGCAUCCUUAAGAAAGCACAUUMGAAUCCACACAGAUGAAAAGUCGUUAAUUCCUGAAGAUGUGGGAGAGAUUUCACACGUGGUGGUGAAUUGACUGAACGUGAGAAGAGUCCUCACUGGUGAAGAACCACAUCAACACCUGAUGGAAAAGAGAAUCAGACGUGUCCCAGUCAGGAAGUCCCCUGGGAUCACAAACACUACAAUCACAUGUAAAGAUGUGGGAGAGGAGCAGUUGUAUUGUUUCGUGGACACGACACACAAGAAGCCACAGAAGUGAAGAGCCACGUAAUCACAGCUCUUGUGCUAAAAGUGUUUCUAAUUCACACAGUUGAAAGAACAGCUGAGAAUCAGUUAACACAGAAAACUCCAUCAAGACGAAGCUCGUGUGGAGACGAGUUCGUCCUCAUGAUUCUCUGAAACAACUGUGAGCCUCCAAAUCGAGUCCCUCGUUCAAACCAACGUGAUGGGCCUCUUAAAUAACUAUUUCUUUUUAAUAUUUAUAUUCUCCACCUCAGYUGUACGAGUGUGGUCAUCCCGCCACUUUGAUUCUUUGAUUCUCUGCCUCCAUCUUGUCCUUUCAUCUGUUUUCUGUKUUGUGUGAUUGAAUCCACUUGAUAGUACUGGAUAGUGCAGUACUUCUACCUGACAGUUGCUCUGCUGUCAUUUAAAUGUAGAAUGAGUUUAUGAUGAAAGCACAACAAAUAUUUAACUGUGUCUAGAAAUCACACAUAUAUUAAUUACAUCAUCACGGUUAAUAAAAGUAAAUCGGAUGUUUUUGUUUUAUUUAAUUUCAUGUUAUUUAGUUCCAUUUAUUUACUACUUACUUCUAAAUCACUGCGCUGAAGAAUCAUUUCAUGUUGUUACGACGACGAACCGUGAGUGAAAUACAAACAAAUAUUGAGAGGUUAGAACUUCCCACUUAAAAGUUGUAUAUUUAGUCUCUGCUCCAAGUAUCAUCACCCCCCCCCCCCCCCCGUCACGUGAUAGAGCCACUCAGAGGCCCCACCCACAAACGUCCACUGUGCAUGAAGCACAAAAGGAUCAAGACCAGAGCAGUGGAUUUGGAGAAUAUGCAUUUAAAUAAAUCAGAAUGUAAUUGCAAAUGUACCUUUUAAGAUGAACUAAAUCACACAAACGAGGUCCCAGACAAACAGCUUCAAGUUCACAGUGGGACACUGGUGAACAAACCGUCAUACUGUUCAUUAACCAAACACAUUAAAACAUUAAAACAUGUGUUAUUUAAUCCCAGACUGUGAGUUAAUGUCAGUGUUAUGAUCUGACGAUUCUAAUGUACUCUAGCUCCGGGUGGAUAACCAGUAACAGCACACUUAACAAAGAAGGAGGAAUUCUAAUAACAUACUUUCAAUUAGGAGAAUAAAGCAAAUGUUUUUUACCCUUAGUGAAUUCUCCAGUGUAACAAAAUAUAGCUGUACUUUUGAUUAAUGCUAUAACCAUGUAAGUAUUAUUAAUCCUUAUCAUUUCUAGUUACUAUGCUCUUUUAUAAAGCUUCUGUGUUGUAUACUUAGAACAUAGACACUACACCACAUACUGCCGACAGCCAUGUGCUUUGUACAAUAACUUUUACCAGUUCAAGUAACGAGCAGAAACUCGUUUGACUAAAACAUAAACUUGGCUGAGUGAAGCUACGCGUUUCUGAGAGCAACUCACUUUCAGUUUAAGUUCAGUGUUAUUUUGAGGUGCUACUCUGCUGUACAGUUGGAACUGUUGUGUGUCUGUGUGUGUGCGUGUGUGUGUGCGUCCAAACCAAAGUAAGUUUGUUGUUUAUUCGUCACUGCAUCUUUGUUGAGUUGCGUAAUCCUUGUGACUGUUUUAUCUCUUGUUGGCUUGUGUUUUAGCUUGUGCAUUGUAGCUAAGCUAAAGGCUACUGCAUACCUGUGGCUGAUUAAUUGGGUUUAUUAUGUUGGUAAUUAUCUUUAUUAUGAUUGAGCUUUCAUUUGCAGAACCACACACACAAGUACAUCUUUAUGUUGAACUCUGCUGGAUUAAAGAGCAGGAAACUCAA